AUGGAUCCCUGGCUGUCCUCCGCCCGCUCCGGACCCGUACUGAAGGUCCGCCCAGGGAAGCGGUCCCGGCAUACAGGAGCAAAGAGACGGAGGAGGACUCCCGGCCCGGAUAGCGCAGAGUCCCGGCCAUCCACAUCCCAGGAGAGCCCGGUCCCCGCCGUGUCCGCGGUGCUGGCCGAGGACGGAGUGUGUGUCCUGCUACUGGGGCCCGGACAGAAGCUGACCUUCACAGGGAAAUGCUUGGUGACGUGUCUGUAUGGGAGUGUCCAGGUCCUCGGCCUGACGAUGACGUCCAAUGAAACUCCGUAUGAAUUGUUCUCCCCGAAUACCCACGCCCCCCUCACCAUCGAGGCGCUGAGGCAAAAGAAGACCACCAAGACCCGGAAAGAAAUCCGCAGGGAGGCCAUCGUGGCGCUGCGGGGAUAUCUCUCCCUUGAACGCAGACGCACGGUGAUGGCGAACUUUAAAACUUCGUGUUCUGUUUUACUGAUGGAACGUUUAGAAGAGCCGACCACCAGCUACAUUAUGACACAUCCAGAGUACGCCAACAUCUUUUUUGCCAAACCGAGUGAAAUCUUCUCCUCCACAUUGGAUGACUCCGUCCUGCAGUCUAUUGGAAUCGAGAAUCGUGAUCCUGAUUCGGCGAUUGCCAUACCGGAGAGUGCCGUGUCGGCAGCGCAGACGUUGGUGGACGCUUGCCUUGAGGAACAUGAUGGCUGUCCAGUCAUUCUUGUCUGUGGCCCACAAAAUGUUGGAAAAUCAACAUUCAACCGAUAUCUCAUUAACCAGUUAUUAAAUCACAUCCCAUGCGUUGGCUACUUGGAGUGUGACUUGGGACAGUCAGAGUUUACACCUCCCGGAGCUAUAUCACUGCUGAACGUAACCAAGCCUGUGCUAGGUCCUCCAUUUACGCAUCAGAGCGACGUCCAGAAGAUGGUCUUCUUCGGAGAGACGUCGUGUGAACAGGAGAUUGAACGGUUCCUCGAAUCUGUGAAAUAUGUCAUCACGUCUUACAAGAGGGAGCAGCCGCUCAUUGUCAACACCAUGGGAUGGAUUAAAGGGUUUGGCUUGCUACUCCUGAUAGACCUGAUCCGCCUGCUGUCCCCCAACCAUGUCGUACAGAUUGUCGGUGAGGGAGGGGAACGCAUGGAGCCGCUCACCCCGGAGUAUGUGAAGAGUGCGGCUGGAUACAUGACGAAGGCCUCUUCCGGCACCAAAUACAAACACAAAGGGCUGGACUCCUCCGAUGAAGAAGAAGACACGGAUCCUCACUUCAAGCCUUCCUCGGGACAUGAGCUGCUUCAGAUUGAAAACCGUUUCAGUGGGGCUGGUGGGACAGAGACCGUACGGUGUCACGGUUGGAUCCUGAGAGAUCUCGCCAUGUUGGGCUACAUUGGCAAGUUGCAGCAGUUUGAGCAGAUCAUUCCUCUCAACAGCUUAGUGCCUUACGAGGUGCCUUUUAACGCCGUGGCACUUCGAGUCAUCCACGCAGACGUCGCACCGUCGCACAUCUUGUACACCGCAAACGCUAGCUGGGUCAGCCUGUGCCACAUUUUGGAUGAUGUCGGCAGCCAGAGCAGCGGCCCGGUCAUCCUCACGCAGACACCAAUCUGUGACUGCCUGGGGUUUGGUAUUAUUCGGGGAAUUAACAUGGAGAGAAAGGUUUAUCACAUCCUUACACCCAUCCCUCCAGCAACUCUGCGAUUGGUGAAUUGCCUUCAAAUUGGAAACAUAUCUAUACCCCACAGCAUCUUCAAGAACCAGCCUGGAAUUAUUGGGGAGGUUCCCUACGUCACCUCAGACUAUGACUUCACAAUCUACGGCUCAGGGAAGAUGAAGAGAAAAAAACACCUCAAGAGGCGCGAACAUCUCUAA